AUGACCUCGUUGCGACUUCUCGCUGUUCUUCUUGCUCUCAUUGGUCUUACCACUGCUAUAACAUGCUAUUACGGUUUCGCUGACAGUAAAGGAAAUAUAAAAAACACAACAAAUUGUGCUGCAAAAUUCUGCGUUACGGUACAGGGAAAAGCAGAUAUUCCCGUGCCAACUGUACAUGCAUGCGAUCUUCAAAACUUUUGUAAGAAAGAUGAGUGCGUCACCGAUGAAGAAGAUGGCGAUACGAUUUGUUGCUGCAGCUAUGAUCUCUGCAAUUCUUCGUCGAUAUUGGUAGCACUUCCUGCAGUGGCCACAAUUGUUCUCUCCAAGCUUCUGUUUUGA